CCUCCUCCUGCCCAGCUGCGGAUCACAACACCGCCGCCGCGCACACACGACAUCGCGCUCACGCUCCCCUGGAUCUGUCUUCCUGCGCCGCUUUCCGGACCCCCAGAGCUCCCCCCCAAGGUCUCGGCCGGUGAACUAUGCUCCCUUCAGGGUUCAUCUGACGGAGGGGUGCCCAUGUUCAGCGUGGGACAAUAAGGUUAUUGCUAAAAAUGCAAGCUUCAACUGUCUCACCUGUGACCAACACUACAGCCAACAUAACCACCAAGUCCAGGGAGCAAAUCCUCAUUCAAAGUUCAGGUGCCAUGAUUGCAAUCAUUGUCGUUGGCAUCAUAAUUAUUCUCACUGUUCUACUGAUCAUACUUAAAACAUACAACCGGCGGACACAUGUCUCCAGAGUCCUCGGCAAUUCAUCCAAACCUCGUCCCAAGACGUCCCAGUCCACUCUCCAGACCAACAUGCCCCUGACCCCCAUGGGGGUCAGCUCUGUGUCAGGCAGCAUGUCAGCCUCCAACCCCCCCUCAGAAAAUGGCUUCGCCCUGCCCAGAGCAGAGGUGGGCAGCCUGAAUGGGAGCUCCCGGCCCCCCUCUGAAAGGGGCUUCACGCUGCCCAGACGAGAGGCGGGCAGCCUGGAGGGGAGCUCCCGGCCGCCCUCUCAAAAUGGCUUCAGACUGCCCCGUACAGAGCUCAGCAGUGUGGACGAGAAUACUGAACACUCCAGUGCAGCAUCUACUGUGGUGACUUUUCACGAACUGGCUGCCAUGGAGAAUACAUAGCCACGUGAAUAGUGUCAUCACAGACACAGACACUGACUGAAUAAAGACUGCUAAAGACUGCAAAUACAAUAAAGUAAAUGUUCUCCUAUAGCGGGACUACAGGACUACAUCCAAAAUAUAUACAGCUAUAACAUGUUAAUGCAAGCACUUAGGCCCAAAGAAGUUCUGACAAGAAGUAUGGAUUCAGUGAGGCCAUAUUUUGUCUACUAAAAUCCUGAAGUUAUAUCUAGUGCCUUCAUACUCCACAUGUGUCAAAAAGUUGUGCAAUUAUAAAUGAAACAGGAAUAGGGCACAGCACCCUGUGUUCAGCGGUUACAGUUGCCAUGGUUGUGAAUGAUUGUACCUGACUGAUUUACAUUAUAUGCGUAUUAUAUUUAUUUUAAAUAUAUAAAUACAGCCAUUAUCUCUGAUUCAGAGCCAGUAAAUCUAAAUUGUACAUGACCAAAUACUAGCAACAAUAUCCCACUGUCUCAUUCAAUAAAUCCUGCUACAAUUCUUUUCUGACACAAAGGAGGAUGUACAGAUCUACUGAUAAUCCACUGUGAAUGACCAUCAGUGUGCUUAAACACCAUGUACUGUCUAAGGUUUUAGAUCAAAAGAUAGGCUACUGUAGUUUAGUGGAGGCUUAGAAACAUCUUGUUAUUGUAAAGAUUGAAUGGAUCUUUUGAAAGAGCAUCAAUUCUUCCUUUUGAGUUCUCCUUUGUCACUUCUGAACAGACAGUAAAGACACAUUGUGAGUGAGUGCACUGCUCAUGCUUCUGUACAGCAGUGUUGUCAGUCUGCAGUUUUACAAGUAGGCCUAUGACAAAUAUGAACCUGCUAUCUGUGGUCUACAUUUACAAACAAUGUACAUUUCUGUAUUCAAAAGGAUGAUGGAGGAUGUGUUGCCUUAACUUUUGACCUAUUUUGUUGACAAUAUUGUAUAAAUAUUUUACAUGAAGGUUGUAAGUAAUUAUUUAGAUUAGAUGGUGUAAAAUGAAGUUUGUGAUAGUAUUUUUACUGUGCAGUGCAUAAUGAAGAUAGGUAUAUUCACAAACUGUCUCUGUGAAUCCUUUUUAGUUGACGCCAAAGGAUUUUGCACUUUACCACUGUUGUAAUUGUGUUAAUGUUUAAAGAGCAAAUAAUAU